CAUGGCGGUGGGGCCAUCAUUGGCGGUUCACCAUGUCCCAGCUCCUCUGCUGUGACAUACCGGCCGCAGGUGGAGGCUACCUCUACCACCAUCACCGCCAGCGUGCCAAGCCCGCAGACUCAAGAACAGCAGGAAAUCCUGGAGUGGCUGCGCAAGUUGCGUCUGCACAAAUACUACGCCGUUUUCAGCCAGCUGUCCAUGAAGAAGUUCUUGAGUCUUACUGAGGAAGAUUUAAACAAGUUUGAGUCCCUAACGAUGGGUGCAAAGAAGAAGCUGAAGACCCAGCUGGAGCUGGAGAAGGAGAAAUCAGAGAAGAGGUGUCUGAAUCCAUCACAGUGUACCUUCACAAGUAGCGGGGUUGCCAGGGUCCCUCCCACUAGCCAUGUCGGGCCAAUGCAGAGCGUCCACUAUAACCAUUCUACAGUAGAACUGUCUGUAGACGUGGAGCCAACAAGUCCUCAAAUGCCUCAAGAAGGCAGCUCGUCAUCCGAGUACUCCAGUUCCCCUUCCAGCCCAAUGGGACUGCAGACACGAGAGGAGAGCUCGGACAGCGCAGAAGAAAUGGACAGGCGUCUUGGUAGACACUUGGACUGCGCAGAGAAGGAAAAGUCUGUCUUGUUGGUGAAUCACUUUACGACAACCUCGGUGCGUCCGACAGCUCAGGUUCUGCCUGUUCAGAAUGACGCAGGAUCCAGUGCCGCGAGCCAUCACCCUCUGCCACUUCAGAUCAUUACCGGGACCCCGACUCAUAUCGCUCCCCUUCACCUCAUCAACACUUUGCACAAGUCAGACCGCGGAGGCACUGAGAUCAAACUCCUCCAGUCUCCGCACUCUUUCCUGUCUUCAGAGGAAAGGAACAAAUCAUUAACUGCACCCAGGAGCAGCAUCAAAAUUGAGAAGAGCUUUGGUGGCAUGCUUCUCGAUGUUAAGGCUCAGUCUAGCCCUUUGCAAUCUGGACAGGUUCUUUCCAUAAUGCCUGACAGCAGUGCUAUGGCUCAGACCAUGGCCUUCGGCGUCCGCACCAAAGUCGGCAGUUCCAUGUCUGGGGAAAGGACGAUGAAGCCAACUUCGGUGAUGGUGGACAGCAGCACACCAGCCACUCCAUCAUCUGCACCAGUCUUCCACAUUGCUCGCACCCCGGUGAAGCUUCUGGUGUCAUCCGCCGAUUCUUCUAUGGUUGGGCAGAUGUCAUGUUCCAGUGUCUCCCCCGCAAUAAUAAGCCCCAGAAAUGUUCUCUAUACAGCCAAUACCAAAGUUGCCUUCUCCACCAUGAGUGGCACACCGGUAGCUCAGAUGUCCGGCAACUUCUGUGCAAACAGCAAUGCCUCUUCGAGCAGCCUCACAUCUACAUCGUACAGCAUAGCCAACCUGCCCAGCUGCCCAGUGCCCAGUUCGAGCCCAACGUCUGUGUCUGACAAUAGCUACUACAGCGGCGGAGGGAACUCACCGACCAUGAACUUGCAAGUUGCCAGCCAGACGCCGGGCCACCACCACCUACACCACCAACAGCAGCAGUCCCAGGCAGGGUGCACCGUGUGCAGCUCUUGCGGGUGCAGCGGUAGCUGCGGAAGCAGCGGUGUAGCCGUCAACUACGGAAACUAUUUUCAGCACUUCUCUGCACCCUCCAUGUUUCCGUUUUCUCUCAUGCCCUUCAACCCAAUGUGCAAUAACGGGUAUAUCAACACCCAGCAAUACAACAAUAGCUCCUCCUUCCCUGUCAUGCACAACCCCUACAGCAACAGCCUGAACCCCGACUCCAUGCUGACUGGGCAGCCAAGCUUCUCCAUUCCCCCUAUGCAGAACUUUAUCACUGGCACAGCGGGGGUGUACCAACCUCAGGGAAUAAUGGGAGCCAUUAAUGGCACGCCGCACAAGAAGAGCGGCAAUGUCUCGUGUUAUAACUGUGGGGUCAGCGGGCAUCGAGCUCAGGAUUGUAAGCAGCCAUCGAUGGAUUUUAAUCAGCAAGGUAAUUUGUUUUGGGGCAGGGAUACAUUUAAAGGGAUUUUGUAA